UUCCACACUCGCAGUCAAAAAAAGCAAACAGUUCGAAAAAUUGGACGAAAAAUGCCCAGGAAUUUAUUUACACUCCUUUUCGGAGCUACGCUUUUAGUCGUCCUAAUAAUGAUGGCUCAAGCUCAGCCCGAUCCAGAAGCCCAAACCGUAGAUCCAGCACCACCUACCAGGCGUCCUACACCACCUACUCGGCGACCAACUCCACCAACCAGGCGACCCUCACCACCUACCCGGCGACCAACUCCACCAACUAGGCGUCCAUCACCACCUACUAGGCGUCCAUCACCACCUACUAGACGUCCAACACCACCUACCAGGCGUCCAACUCCACCAACUAGGCGUCCAACACCACCUACCAGGCGACCAACACCCCCCACUAGGCGUCCAUCACCACCUACUAGACGUCCAACACCACCUACCAGGCGACCAACACCCCCAACUAGACGUCCAACACCACCUACUAGGCGUCCAACACCCCCCACUAGGCGUCCAACACCCCCCACCAGGCGUCCAACACCUCGACCAACAGCAUCCACGACGCCUGCAUAGAUUGGGCCAAUAAUAAAUGGGCUAACGUCCGUGUAAAUGCAAGGACCUAUAAGGAAUCGAUUGCCUAACAAUGACGCAUUAAAUUUUUGGAAUCAUUUAACUGAUUAAGAAAGUAUUUUCAAAUUUUAUAAGAUUUAGAGACAUUUGU